CAUGAUGGAUACGCCUGGGAAUGCCGCGGAAACCAACUAUAAAACUAUCAAAAUAACUGUCGUCGGUGGAAACAACCUGCAGGUCAAGAGGACGGGCGGCAUUAAGAGCUCCGUGCAGGUGGAGGUGGACGGAGACGUGCUGGGAGAGUCCGACCGGAAGCAGCUCGAGCCCGAGGGCCAGCGCGUCCACUACGACUUCACCUGCAGCCUCCGCGUCCCCGGGCACGCGCGGGGCCUCGGGGACGUGGCCAGUAAACCCGUCAUAUUGACGGUGAGGGAGCUCCUGCCUGCGGACAAGAAGGUUGAGGCGAGGCCGGCGGUGCUGGGCCAAGCUGUGGUCGACCUGCUGCCGCUGCUCCAAGGCCGGUGCAGCUUCUCGUCCACGGUCCCACUGAACCCAUAUUCUUCACAGAGCUUGAACACAGAGACAGCAGAUGGAGCCCGACUGAAGCAGUUGGCCAGAAAAGUAUUUUUAAAGUGGAAGAAGCAGCAGGCGACCCUGGAUGUGUGCGUCAGCGCGGCGGAUCCGCUGCUGUCCGAGGCCGAGCGAGCGGCCUCCGACCUGCUGAUGGUCACCGUGGAGACGGCGUUCUCCGUCCCCGAGGCGUGGGUGUUGCAGUGCGCUCCCUGCACGUACACGGCCGCCCUGGAGGUCCCGCUGACCGCAAAGGAGGAUCAGGUGCUGUUGUUCUGCGAUGGGCAGCUGAAGGCAGGCGGGCAGAAGGAGCAAAAUGGCCGACAGAAGAAGAGGCCCAAUCCGGGCCUGCUGGUCCCCGGGAACCACUUCCUGCCCGCUGCCUUCAUCCAUGCGGAGCCCGCGGAGCAGGAGGACGGCGAGCUGACGGGCUUCAAGGACCGGAGGUUUCGCGAAAAGGCGGAAACCGUGAAGAACAGAGUGAGCUGGGACACGGAGACGCGCUGCUUCAUGGAUGCUGGAGGAACUACCAGGCUGCGGCAGAAGAUCGCCGAGAGCAGACUGUGGCCGGUGGAGGUCAUGAGGUCGACGAAGGUCGCAGAAGCCAAGAUGCUCACUGAGGAGAACCCAGAGAUCCCCUUCCACGGCGUGGCGUUUGUGGACAUGGGCCAGCUGCUGUAUCCCGGAGUGCGCCGCAUCCGAGGAGCGUACAGCGUUCAGCCCUUCUCCGAGGCCGAGCUGCAGAAUAAGGUUGGCACAAACAUACGCGUGUUGAGGGAGCAGGCCAAGGCCGUAGCCAACCAGGUCAAAGCUCGCGCCGGCUCGCCCGCCGGCUCGGCCGCCGGCUCCUACAAGGCCAAGGCGGGGAAGAACCCGGAGGGAAGGGGAGCGAAGGAUCCCAAGGAGACGCCCAAAAAGGUCAGGAAGCAACCCACGAGUCAGAUCAGGAUCACCGCGGCCGACUCGGUGGCCGACGCGGUGGCCGAAAGUGAGCCGCACCUCGAUGUGGAGGGAAACAUGUAUACGGAGGCCAGAACUUAUGUUAUCAUUGAGAUCGCCUUGGAGAAACCGCUGGUAGUCAAAACAUCUCCGGAGGAACUGUCCAGGAGGGUGACGGCGUUGAUCCCACCCAGACCUCCACUUAAAGUUGGUCACAGCAGAGCAGAACGAGCCGUGAUGGACUUCCACAGGCAGGUGGCCAACGUGGUGAGCCACGUCUCGGACCAGUACGAGGAGCUGUUCGGAGCCGGAUGCGAGCCGACGGAAAACCGCAGCCGGGAGCAGAUGAAGGUCCAGCUGAUGGGAUCGCUCAAUGUCUCGGCGAGAUAUUUCACCUUCAAGGAACAGAUGAAGCAUGCAGUGGUGAGGAUCGUGCGGGACAAGAUGCAGCGGACAGAGCCGUUCACUGACCCUCAGGAGCUCAAACUCUUUGUCAGCAAGCUGUAUGUCUACCUGGUGGACGAGAUGCACAUAGCUCACAACAAGAUCUAUUCGCAUGACGUCGUCGACAACUCCCUCGAUGAGAUCCAGUUGAGUUCUUCUCAGCUUGGACGUUUUGCCAAAGAGGCUCAGCUUACCGGGGAUUAUCAGCAGGCUGUUCGGCUCUACCAAGAGCUGGUGGUGAGGCACCCGACUGAGCCCUCCCACAAGUUUGAGUGGGGAAGCCUUUACAUGCUGACCAAAGACUACGCGAAGGCCAGAGAGUGUUUCCACGACGCCGUGUCCGUCCAGCAGGCGCACCAGCCCGGCCUGAUGAUGUGCGGCGUCUUGGCGGCGCUCUUUGCGCGCCACGCGGAGGCCCGGACCUUCCUGGAGCGAGCCGCCAGCAUAAAGCCGCCCAGCGUGGUGGCCUGGACGCUGCUGGGUUUGCACCACAAGAUCCAGAGCGAGUCCUUCCUGGCUGAGAGGGCUUUCCUGGAGGCCAGAAAGCAGCUGACGGCCAACGAAGCAGAGAGGAGAACGCAGAGGGGGGAGGAGCCGACAGAGAAGAAGGAGGAGGAGGAGGAGGAAAAUAAGGAGGAGGAGAAGAAGGAGGAGGAGAAGGAAAAUAAGGAGGAGGAGAAGAAGGAGGAGGAGGAGGAAAAAGAGAAGGAGAAGGACGAGAAAGACCAGCAAGAGGAUGAGGAGACAGACACGGGUGCAUGUCGGUCUCCCACCGGUAAGAAAGACCAGGACCAGAACCAGAACCAGGACUCAGAGGUGCAAGGAGAGCCUCCAGCGGUGGAGCGGGUCAGCUCCAGAUCGGCUCCAGCGAAACUCUCCAUUUACACAGAGACGGCUCAGUUCCUGCUGCAGAACUUUGCUCUGCAGAUGGCGGAGCAAGCUCUGUUCCUGGACCGGCAGUCGGACGGCGGCCGCAGCGUCUCCUACCAUCUCCUCCUGGCCCAGCUGCAGCUGCUCCAAGAGGACCACCGCGGCGCCGCCGCCAGCCUGGAGGAGGCGCUGGCUCACAGCGACAAGGAGGCGGAUGCGUGGGCGCUGACCGGCCACUGUCACUUCCUGCGGGCGGCGCUCACUGAUGCCCGGGAGAGCUACGAGUGGAGCCUGAACUUCCUGCGGCCGCCGUCCGACUCUCACCUUGUCCACCUGCGCCUGGGAUCCAUCUGCCUCCAGCAGGAGAAGUUUGAUCAAGCCAAAGGCAUCUACCUGCAGGCUUGUGAGGAGUCUCCCUCCUGCCUGACCUGGCUGGGCCUGGGCACCGCCUGUUACCGGCUGGAGCAGCUGUGUGUCGCUGAGGAUGCUUUGACAGAGGCCAACCAUCUGAACAGUCAGAACGCGGAGGUGUGGGCUUACCUGUCUCUGAUCUGCCUCAGGUCGGGCAGACAAGAGGAAGCCGAGCAGUUCCAUAAAUAUGCGUCUAAGUUCAACCUGCAGAAGGAGGCUCUCCUCAAAGAGUUCGUCGAGCUGAAGGACCGGCUCCGCUUCUCUCCGCUGGCGUCCUGCUUCGGGCCGAGCUCAUGAGUCCUC